AUCUUGGAGUGAGGAAUGGUUUCAGAUUGCAGUGAUGGUGGGAGGUUAACUCAUUUAAAAGUGUGGAAUAAAUUCAGAGGCAGUGUCGCUGCUGCAUACAGCUGAGCGUGUAGCUCAACAGAAGACUGUUACUUCGCCAGAACAAAGUUUUUAAAGGUCCCAUUGAAAGCAUAGCCAUGCUGAUCUCCUCUGCUUUGUGGUCAUUCCUCAGUCUGUUGAACCUACAGACCCUGGUUCAGGCCCAGACUCAAUCUCAACAGCCCAAGAUCCAGCUCCGCCUAGCUGGAAACAAACGCAAGCCUUACGAGGGCCGCGUGGAGGUCUACUAUAACAAUGAAUGGGGAACUGUCUGUGAUGAUGACUUCUCAGUCGAAGCCGCCCAUGUCGUAUGCCGGGAACUUGGGUUCCUGGGCGCCGUUUCCUGGUUACCAUCUGCAAAGUUCGGGCAAGGAGAAGGUCACAUAUGGCUGGACAAUGUCCACUGCACAGGAAGAGAGAAAUCUCUAGCUGAUUGCCCAUCAAAUGGCUUUGGGGUGUCGGACUGCAAACACAGUGAAGAUGUUGGUGUGGUUUGCAAUCAGAAGCGCAUCCCUGGCCACAAGUUCAUCAAUACCUUGAGCAACAAUGUUGAGACUCUCGAAGAAAGGGUAGAAGAAAUACGUAUGCGACCCAUUUCGUCCCAUCUCAAGCGCAUACCUGUCACGGAGGGCUUUGUGGAGGUGAAAGUUCAUGGAAAGUGGCGGCAGAUCUGCAAUGAGGAGUGGACACACAUGAACAGCCGAGUCGUCUGUGGAAUGUAUGGAUUCCCCGAAGAGAAGAACUACAACAACAAAAUCUACAAGUCGCUGUUAAUGCGGAAGAAAAAGAACUACUGGGGUUUCGCUGUGAACUGUACAGGAAACGAGGCACAACUGUCCAGCUGUAGACUGGGCAAACCUCUGGAGCCAAAGCGCAAUGGCACAUGUGGACGUGGCCUGCCCGUGGUUGUCAGCUGUGUGCCUGGAAGAGCUUUUGCCCCCUCAUCUUCCACUGGCUUCCGAAAGGCCUACAGACAAGCGCAACCCCUGGUGCAUCUGCGGGGAGGUUCGAAUAUCGGUGAGGGUAGAGUGGAAGUACUAAAGAACGGAGUUUGGGGAACAGUGUGUGAUGAUAAUUGGAACCUAAAGGCUGCAACUGUAGUGUGUCGAGAGCUGGGCUACGGGAGCGCUAAAGAGGCUCUCACUGGAGCAAAGUUAGGCCAAGGAAUGGGUCCGGUCCACAUGAAUGAGGUUGAGUGCUCUGGUUUCGAGAAAUCUCUUACUGACUGCUACUUCAAUAAUGAUGCACUAAGCUGCAGCCAUGAGGAGGACGUUGCUGUACGCUGCAAUGUUCCUUCCAUGGGUUUCCAGAAGAGGAUUCGUCUAAGUGGAGGAAGACACCCCAGUGAGGGACGUGUCGAGGUUCUUGCUGAGAAGAAUGGUUCACUGGUUUGGGGAACCAUUUGUAGUGAAAACUGGGGGAUAAUAGAGGCAAUGGUGGCCUGCAGACAGUUGGGAUUAGGCUUUGCCAGUCAUGCAUUUCAGGAGACAUGGUACUGGGCUGGAGAUGCCAGUGUGGAUAAUGUGGUGAUGAGUGGGGUCAGAUGCUCAGGCUCUGAGAUGAGUCUCGCACAGUGUCUCCAUCACGGCAAAUACCUCAACUGUCCUAAAGGAGGCGGACGCUUUGCCGCUGGAGUCUCAUGCUCAGAAACGGCCCCUGACCUGGUGCUGAACGCUGAGCUGGUAGAACAGACAACCUAUCUGGAAGACCGGCCCAUGUAUGCUCUGCAGUGUGCUCUCGAGGAGCAUUGCUUGUCCAGCACUGCAAGAAAAGAUGACCACAGCUCGUAUCGCCGCCUGCUCCGUUUCUCCUCCCAGAUCCACAACGUCGGCCAAUCCGACUUCAGACCCAAAAUGGGAUACCAAGCCUGGACCUGGCACGAAUGUCACAGGCAUUAUCACAGCAUAGAGGUUUUCACACAUUAUGACCUGUUGAGUCUUAACGGCACCAAAGUGGCGGAGGGUCACAAGGCCAGUUUCUGUCUGGAGGACACUCAGUGUGAUGAGGGUAUUCAGAAACAAUAUCUUUGUGCCAAUUUUGGUGAGCAGGGCAUCACUGUUGGCUGCUGGGACACUUACAGACAUGACAUUGAUUGUCAGUGGAUCGAUAUCACAGAUGUGAAACCAGGAGACUACAUAUUCCAGGUUAUAAUCAAUCCAAACUAUGACAUAGCUGAAUCAGAUUACACCAACAACAUCUUGAGGUGCAAAUGUCGCUAUGAUGGAUACAGGAUAUGGACGUACAACUGUCAUACAGGUGGCUCGCGGAGUUCAGACAUGGAUGAAUACCCUGGAAUGAGCAACCAGUUGUUCCACAGGUAGAGGAAACUGUCAAGAAAGACAAAGGCUCUCGGUGGCGAAUGCUGCAAGCUGUCACUCAGACUUUUACAUUUGAUAGACCACUAGAGAGACUCACAACUGUGCUGGGAGCAAGACAUCCAGCACUUUAAGUGCAGACACUGACCUCUGCCAUUUUUACAGACCUCCAAGUGUAGAUUCACCCUUUAGGUUGAAAGGCAGAUCAUGUUUUUGCAUGAUUCCUACUACAGUAUAUCACGCUUGCUUUGAACAGAAAGUAUGUCACUGAUUGCAUUUGUUGCUUAGUCUUUGCAAACUGAUGCCAUGAAGUAUUGUUUAACCUGUCAUGCGAAUUGGGAUCAACAUCAAUGCUUCAAUUCUUCCAGAUGCUUUUUCUCUAUUGUAAUAUAACUUUAAGGGAUAGUUCACCUCAAAAUGAAAACUUUCAUUCACUCUCCCUCAACACGUAUUCUGGGAAACACAAAACGCAGCGUUAAAGUCAUACAGGUUUUGAACAACCCAUGAGUAAUUUAUAAAAUUUUUAGGUGAACCAUCCCUUUAAAAUAUUGCAGUUUCAUUAAAUCCAUCUUUAACUUCUCAUGUAUACAAUUACUUGCAGCUAUUUUACACUUAUGUGGUUAUUCAUCAAGCAUGUCAAGUAAUUUAUUACUGUAUGUUCAGUCAGGGAUUGUCUUGUCAACGUCAAAUGUAUGCAAUGUGAAACUGUAAUUUGUUGCUAAUUUUUUUAAAAAGCUCCCUCCGUUUUAUGAGGGUAACUAUGACCAGUUAGUUGUUUUUAAGGUAUAGUGUGUAUAUGACUGAAUGAAACAAUCUACAUUGUGAAACCAUUGCAUUGUUUUCUAUAGCAAAAGAAUGGACUAAACAAUUAAUAUGUUGCAUGGAGACAUUUUUUUAAUGUUUUAAAUUUUGUGAACAAUAAGAAACGAUUUCAUAAGUGACAGCAAUAAAACAAAACACACAUAAAAAUGCAAUAAUAAAAAACAACAGGUUAAGGUAUCAAACAAUUUUAC